AUGCACACCCCGCACGCCGCUGGAGCCCCAUUUGCAACAUGCUCAUGACAGGGGGAGUUUUAUUUUAGGUGGUGCGGCGCUGUUUUCGGCACCGGGAGAUAAGCAAAGACGCCCCCCACCUUCUCCCCUUAAUGCCGGAUGAUGGGAGGAUUGCGAGAGUGCCGGUGGUUGAUGUGAUUGCUUCAUUACUUGUCGUCCCCUCCUCCUACAUUUCCUCCUCUGCCCAUGUCGUGCUGUGUGGCCACCACCGCAACUUGCAUCCUACAGCAGCGUACUUGGAACCGGAUCUUUGAGGGUGGCUUAGUAACAGCAGCCUCGUGCCGCAACCGCAUCCGGGUUGUCGUAGCGACCGAGUUGGAGGGGUGGCGGAGUUGGAGUUUUGGUUAAUCUGUGCGAGUCUCGGUGGGAUGAAGGAGUAGCUUGAGCGUUUUGAUAGUAUGUAGCUUGUUGGUUCAGUAGUUGAUGCGUUAGUUUAGUUGAUACAAGUGCGGGGGUUUGUUGUCUAGGAUUUCUUGGUUAAGUUUUUUGCAGGGAAGUCCGCAUUGUAGGUAGGAGGUGACGGACGGAGUGUGGUUGAGUUAGAGAGUAGAGGAUGUGUGUGGAGCUUCUGUGAGGUUUAGACGCGCGUUGAGAGUACAAUGCCGCCGAUUCCGAAAUCGAAUGCCAUGGAGGAGCAGGAGCAGGAGCGUAGAUGGCUGGAUCGCAAUGCUUCGAGUAAUUUCAUCGACAUUGACAUCAGUUUAGAUGCAGUGUCCAGCAAGCGCGAUGGAAGGCGAUCCUCAUUAUCUAGUCGACCGAGUGCCAAUGGGUCGGGGAAUGAAAAUUCUUGGGCUGAGGGUAAUGAGUUGCAGAGUUAUCUUCAUGUCGAAAUCGGGGAUCGGAGCUUUUAUCUGCCCAAGUCUCCUCUUAUUACCACGAGCGGAACGCUUCAUCGCAUGGUACUCGAGCUCCGCGGAGCCAACAAGGAUCGAGUAUCCCUCAAGGACAUACCAGGAGGCGCCGAAGCAUUUGAAAAUGUGGUCAGGUUUAUGCACGGCCAGAAUGUCCCAAUUACUUCCGUCAAUGUGGCUUCCCUUCGUUGCGCGGCGGACUUUUUGGAGAUAAACGAUGUCUUAGGGGAGGGGGGCUUGGUUGCGACGACAGAGAACUACUUGAAUCACGUUGUGUUAGGUUCUUGGAAAGACUCAAUUAACGUGCUGCGCUCGUGCUCGGACCUUGAGCCAUGGGCAGAGGAGCUUGAGAUUGUGCGUAGGUGUAGUGAGUCCGUUGCGUGGAAGGCGAGUACUGAUCCACACGGUCUUCGGUGGUCGUAUACCAAAUCUACGGGUAGCAGGGACGCCCCUCGCGGUUGGUGGUUCGACGACGUUUGUACCCUCUACAUUGACAUGUUCAGCAAGGUGAUCAAUGCUGUCGUUGCGAAGGGUAUGGACUAUACCAUGGUGGCCGCGGCAAUAGUGCAAUAUGCUGAGAAAUGGCUGGGGUUGAAGGAGGCCCAGCAACCGGGACAAGAGGAAUCUCCGAAACUUCAAUGGCAAUCGCAUUGCAGCGUUGCUGCAUUUGCGGGGUUCAGUCAGGACGUUGCAAGUAAAGCGCAGAUGAAGAAAAGAGCAAUUUUUCAAGGGAUUGUGAAGCUCAUUCCUUCGCAACCAGACUCUGUUUCCUGCAAAUUUCUGCUCAAGCUGUUACGGACUGCUUGCGCAGUGAACGCAGGUCCUAUGUUCAAGGCAGAUCUGGUGAAGAGAAUCGGCACGCAGCUCGAGAAUGUCUCUGUGGCCGAGCUCCUCAUCCCUGCCUACAACGCUUCCAGUGAUGCUAUGUAUGAUGUUGAUGUGGUAUAUCAAAUCGUCCAGUGUUAUCUCCAAGAGCAAUCCUUCGAGAGCCCCCCCAUGAGCCCCACGAGUAGUGCUGGAAAUUCAAUUACGUCAAGUGUGACGUCCGGUACAGUUACUUCCAGUUUGUCCAGUGUGAUCACCUCUUCUAACGGUCGAAGCGUUUCGGGAUCCAGUAGCAGUGACAGCAGCGUCACUGACACCAGCAGCGUUGGCGGGAGAAGCAGCGUCUCACGUACAAGCAUUUCAAGCUCAGGCUCAAGCAUAUCUGGCUCAAGCAUUACUGGUUCAAGCGUUUCAGGCUCCAGCAUUUCAGGCUCCAGCGUUUCAGGCUCCAGCGUUUCAGGUUCGAGUAUUUCAGGCACGAGUUUUUCAGACUCUAGUAUCUCGGGUACAAGUGCUUCAGGAUCAAGCAUUUCAGGGUACAGUGUGACUGGGUCGAGCAUCACGAUCACAAGCGUCUCGGGUAGCGGCACCUCGCUUUCCCGCACCACAUCGAGCAUCAGCGAUACCUCAUCUUCCAGUGAUGAAAGCACCUCAACGAAGACGAAAAGUGAGGAAAGUGAGAAGCUUGACAGCAUGUUUGAAUCCAAAAAGUUCUUCUCCACGGAAGGGCCUACCAGGAGACCACAGCUUCCUCCCACGUCGGCAAAUCUCAAGGUCUCGCAGGUCUUGGAAGUUUAUUUGGAGGAAGUAGCGAAAGACCCUAGCAUUCCUCUUGGGAAGUUUGUGGCACUUGCAGACUUGUUCAUUGAAUUUCCUCGAGUGUCGGAUGAUUGCGUCUACUCAGCAAUUGACACCUUUCUCAGGUCACACCCAAGCCUGAAUGACCUCGAGCGUCGGAAGCUCUGCAAGGUGAUGGAUAUUCAAGCUCUGUCCCUAAAUGCAUGCAUGCAUGCUGCUUCGAACGAGCGUCUCCCACUGCGAGUGGUUGUGCAGAUUCUCUUUGCUGAGCAGGUUAAAUUGCGAAAUGCUAUCACAGCCACAGCCGUAAUCAACGGAAAACGCGUGGAUAGCAUUCCUCCUAGGUUCUCCUCCUCCUCCUCUUCCUCUUCCUCCUCCACUUCCACUGCUGGAGACUCUUAUUCUGAAUCCAGCAGCUCGGAUCCGCUCUCCAGCUCUACUGCUUCCACGGACACAUCCACCACCAGUCUUUCAACCUCAAGUGCCUCCAGUGCUUCCAGCGCAUAUAGUCUGUCUAUACAUAGCGUGCAGAGCGUUCACAGUGUGGCUCCUAGCGUGGCCCCUAGUGUCGCCCCUAGUGCUGUUCCUAGUGUUGUGAGCUCGGUCAUGCCAGGGGGUUUGUCAGUUAAAGACACUUUGCGCGGCGCUCUCUCCGAAAUUGAGUUGUUGCGACAGGCUGUGCAAGAGAUUGAGUUUGUAAAGUCUCGUCUUGGUUUCAUGGAUGUUCUCCAGCAGGAAAUGGAGAAUAUGAAUCGGAAAUUUUUAGAUCUGGCGCACGAUUACAGUGGGAUGACUCAUCAGGUAAUGCACGAUGUGGAGGAGUUGACGAAAGCUUCCAAGCAUAAAAGUGGAUGGACCUCCGGAUGGAAGAAAAUGUCAAAGCCAUUUUCGUCAAAGGAAACACCUGACCUGCAAAAGGGUUACAAUCACACCUUAGUCUCGGAGAAACACUUGAAGGCUGCUGUGGACACCAUUCCUUUGUAUCCUCACAUGAACAUGGUGCAGAAUUCUGCAGAUGUCCAGCUUCCUCAAAAUCCCAGGACGCCAACCAUGCAACCUCUGCUUCAAACCCCCAGGAUGCCAGUCGUGCCACCUCUCCUUCAAACCCCCAGAACGCCAGCGGUGCAACCUCGUCUUCAAAACCCCAGGACGUCAGCCGGACAAUUGGUCCAUCAAAACUCUAGGGCGCCAGUACAACCGCUCCUUCAAACCCCUAGAACGACAGUUCAAGCAGGCAAGGUCAGCCCAGCUGAAACACCCAGAUCGAAUGCAGGGUCUAACAGAAUUCCGGAAGCCAAGGUGGACGGUAAGGUGAUUGUCUUGCCGAAGGCCGAAUCUUCGAAGGGGGAACCCGUUCCGCAAGUCCAGACUGCUCCAGAAGGACUUCUCAAGGUCAUCGGGAUUUUAGAUCAAGCUAAUUCGAAGGAUAAGCCACUGCAGGGUCAGAGCGUGGCCUAUAGUGUUUCUUCCUCGAAAGCUGAGAAGUCCACACCUUCUGAAUCUUCAGAGGUUCAGAAAGAUAACAGUUCUUUCCAUCAGCAGAGGAAGCCCAGAAAUCCCGACCUCCGACUUGGACAUCAGUCUCGUAGCCAGCAUCGAGCUUCUACUCCGCCACCUGACUCUCAUCAUGGCCGCCGUUCCGUCAAGGAUUCCGACACUGUCUCCGUUUCUAGCGAUCUUUCUCAUUCCAGCACCCGUAGCAACCCACGCCAUCGACAUCGAAACACGAGCUCUGGUAAUCGCCACCAUCACAGAGACGGUUCCGAGGAUCCUAACAGUCACCGAGGGAGCUCUCACGGUCGCAGCGGACACGGAUCUCACCACCGGCACAGAGAUGUCUCCUCGGAGCACCGCAGCAGCAGCCAUCACAGGGACCGGAGUCCAGACGAUCACCAUGGCCGUAGCCACCACAGUCCGCAUCACCAUCACAGCAAAGAUCCCCCACGUCAAUCCCUCUCAGGCAGCCACAAGCACAGCUCUGACCACCACUCUGGCCACCACCGCAAGCCGCAUCGCAGAAGUCAUCAAAAGCACCACCACAGGAAAGAUUAUGAUUCUGGGUCGAGCUACAGCAAUGACUCUGUAUCAAGGCCAACGAGGAAUCGGCGGCAUUCUGGAGUGUAAAUUGAUUGUCCUCUAGAUUUUUUCUCACCAUUGGUGUAAAAUUUUAUUUUAUUCGAUGAUGCCUUGUUCAAUUCCAGCGCGUGGGUCACCUGGGACAUCAAGAAUUCCAGUAUUUUGAAACAAGUCCAUGGGAUUUUCGGAUCAUUCUGUGUAGGAAUGAGCUGCGAGUAGUCACUUUUGCCAAGCUUUCUCAUUUCUAGGAACCAAGGAAUGGAGGCUUAGUUGAGAUUCACUCGAGCAUGAAGAGGGUAUGAAGUUCAGAGUUGUUGAUUAUCCUCAACUCAGUGAUAAUGUACAGUACUCGGGUAUCUGUUAUACCUAGCUUGUUCAUCAACGAUUGUCCUCCCGUUGUGAGAAGUUGAGUUACCACGUCAGUUCUCGAGGUUUUUCCAGCAACCUUCGCAAAUUCGGCCUGAACCUGGUUAACCGUGUUCUAAUUGCGCAAUUUUUGCAGCUUUCGACGGUAAGUGUAGAAGACGUCAACUUCUGUGCGACAUUUUUGUGAAGAACAAAUUGAAGAGAAGACCUUGAAUGUAUACUGAGUUGUUUACAUAUCUCAAUUCAAAACAAUCCAUUGAUCACGUGAUUUGAAUUUCAGGGAA